AAACACCCCAACCCACUUCAUCUUCUCCAAAAUACACCUCAACUUCGAACCCCUCUCCCCCAAAACUCCAUUUUUCUACCUUCUCUCGACCAAAACUCCCUCAUUUCUCCACCAAAUCAUCCCAUUUCACCACCAAAAUACUCCCCUCACUCUCCUCUUCAUAUCUAUACCCAUAAAUCCCAUUUUCCCCAAACAUCCACAAAACCCAAAAACCCUACCCCAAAUUCGAAUUUUUGGGUUUCAAACUCAAAAGCUUCAAAAAAUGGCCCCAAGGAAGAAUAGGGGAGAGAGCUCAAACACCAUGGCACCUAUUCCGAGCUUUGAGGACCUCAUUCCCGCCGAUAACGAGCACCGGGCUAGACUCCUCUCCACGAUUAAAAGGCAAGUAAAACCUUCCCGUUUUCUAUGCCAUAAUGCUCUCCAUGAAUUGGGUGUGUAUAAGAGUAUGAAAAAGUUCUUUUAUGAGUUGGAUAUGAAUCGUAUUUUCAAAAUGAAAUACAACUCAAAUGAAAGAAUUAUCUACGAAUUCAUGAGCUCGGUGCAAUUUGAGAGUAAUGAGGAUGACUUUAGGGAUGAUAGCCUCAAGUUUCGUUUGUUCAAUCAAAACUAUUCGAUUACAAAACUUGAGUUUGCCGAACAUUUUGGCAUCCCCGUGCCCUACGAGAGAACCAUCUCGGAUACCACCAUUUUCGGGCACUCCCUAUGGACAAAGAUGACCGGGGAAGUGAAUUUUAGUUCAUCCCAAAUGUAUAUUAGUCAUGUCCAACACCCCGUUCUCCGGUUGUUCUUGAAAUUCUUAGCCAAUUGCUUGCUUGGCCGUCCCAACAACCAUCACACUAGAAUCGGGGACGUGUGUUUAAUGUCUGUGGCCUUAUUCCGUCGUCACGUGGACUUUAAUUUGUGCAAUCUCAUGUGGGCACAUUUGAAAAAAGAAAGCUUAGCGAAAGGUGCCAUAGUUGUGGGUGGAGUGAUAAUACACCUGGCAAGUAAGUUCGGGUAUACGGAUAACUCUCCUAUACCUGACUAUUGCUUGAUGGAUAUGGGUUGGCUAGGACGCUCGGGAUGUACAUCGUUUUCCCAUACGGUUUAUAUUGGAGACCAACCAAAAAACAUGUACAAUUGGAUCAUACACCUUCAACCGGUCCAAUACUUCCUAAUGCCAAACCAAUACACCCCCAAACUACGCUACAAACCGGAGUUCGAGGAGCCUCACUACCUAUUCCCUCACGCCCUCCCACCACAUUUCCAAGAGCCUCAAGCCCAAGACCUCCCCGAAGAUCAACCCGACCAAGAACCUCAACCCGAGCACCAAGAACCCGAAGAUGCACUUCACCACAUGCCCGAACAGAACCAAGCAUUCCCACCCCCCGAUUACUUCCAACAACUCCUUGAAGGGUUCAACAAAGUGACCAAUGAAGUUGGAAAAUAUCGGGAGGAACAAAGGGCGGGAUUCCAAAGACUAGAGGAACAACGGGCCGAAGACAACCGAAGGUAUGAAGAAGAUCAACGUAGGUUCUACGGACCUAUGUAUUCUUACAUGGCUCAUCAAGGCCAAUUCCACACCAUGGCUCAACCACCACCACCCCCCUCUUGGUAUGACCCCACUCAAUGGGGCAACUUUGGAGGAUCAAGCUCCGGGGGUGGAGGUUAUGACGGCGGGGAUGCUCAUAUGGGUGACGGAAGCUUUGGAGGCGGAUUUGGAGGCGGCUUCUACGGUGGAGAAGGCGGGCACUAGGGACCGUGCUUGAUCUAAGUGUGGGGGAGGAGACUCCGCAUGGAACUCAUUUGAUCUCUUGGAAGAAGAAGAAGAACAAGAAGAACAAAAGGCAAGAAGAUGGAGCAUAGAAGAUCAUUAAACCCAAGAAAGAAUGUUGUUGUAAAAACUCAUUUUUUCCCUUGGUGGUCUUAGUUCUUUCUUUCUUGAACUUUUGGAAAAACUCUUAAACUUUUUGGAUGUUUCUGUUUUACUCGAGGACGAGUAAAGAACUAAGUGUGGGGGAGUUUGAUACACGUGUAAUUUCCGUAUUUAUGUUUGCAGUUUUAGUUACUUUUUGUAGUUUAGCAUUUCGGAAAUUACACACUUUUGGUGUAAUAGUUUAGUUUAUUUAAAUUCUUGUAAAAUGUUUAGAUUAGGUUUAUUCUGGGCUCAAACAGGUCUGCCAUCACUCAAAGGAUAGUUGGUGAACCCCAAAAGUGGAAAGAAGGUGCAAAAAUCACAAAGACAAAAAGGAAAUCCUGAUUUUGGUCUAUACUCGGUCGAGUAUAUACAUAUACUCGAUCGGGUAUCUGGUUGAAAUUUCAAAUCGGAUCGGAUCCGAAAACAAAAGAACAUGCAGGAGAAGAUUUUCCCACGAUCGAGUGUCUAUACCCGAUCGGGUACACCGACAUACUCGAUCGGGUAUAACUAUGGUUUUUACUCGAGUCUCGAUCGAGUAUGGACCGAAUUCCAGUUUCUACACAUACUCGAUCGAGUAUAUGUACAUACUCGAUCGAGUACUCGACCUGCACCUCAAAAAGCCUAUAAAUACACCUCCUUUCCUUCACUUUAAAAAAACCAAUUCUUCCAUACUCUUAAGCUCAGUUUAGAAUAGUAUUUCUUUUAUAUUUUUAUAGCAUGUUUA